AUGGACUCGGCGCUCGAAGCCGCGCUUUCGCCCUUCUUUCGCGGUGGCACGAAGCGCCUGACACGCGGCUGCGUCGUCUCUAUCUCUGGAGAGUGCCGCGUCACGCCGCGGGCGCUCCAGCUGCUCUUUGGGUCGGUCGGCCCGCUCCUCCCUGCUCGCAUCGAGCGCGCGACCUGCACGUCAACUAAACUCGACCUCGUCAAGCAGCGCGUUUCAAUCGAAGAGCUCAGCCUUUUGCUUGCCCCGCACGACGACCCCGACGCCACCGCCGCAUCGCUCGCUCGCGGAGACAUUGACCGGGCAAUCCAGACGCUAGCGACGCAGGCCGACACCUCGCGCAUGCCUGCGCUCUCCGCGGCGGUGGAGAAGGAGGACUACGCCUCUGCUGCGUCCCUCCAGGCCGAGCUCCGCGGCAUCGAAACUCAGCCGCCGCGACCGUGGCAUAACGGGACGCCGUCGGGCGGCGGCGGGCUGGCCGGGCUCUGCAUGCUGGCGGUCAGCGCGGUGGCUGAGGGUGGCGAGCUCGAGUCCAGCGAACGCCUCUACGCAGUGUUCGCGCACCUGGUGACCUCCACCCUUGUGGAGGUGGUCCUGAGCCUGGUGAGCAAUUUCCUCUUCUUUGCGAUCAGCUUCUCCUUCACUGGCAUCCCAUGGCCCUACUUCCCCGGGCUGUACGGCUGGGCCAUACUCUGCGUCCUGACGACUGACGCCGUCAAUGGUCUUUGGGGGGCAGUCGCCCCCAGCGGCACUGUCUCGCAGCUCCUCGCCAUCCCCACCCUCCUCUUCUUCCUCAUCACGGCUGGCGUCUUCCCGACUCGGAAUGCUAUGGAGGCGGAGCAGCUCCCGGCCGUCAACCUCGAGGGGGGCGUCGAAAUCGGCGGCGUCGACUACAGCGAGGUGGACAUCCUCGUCAGCGGCUCGUGGACAUCCUCGUGGACACGGUAA